AUGAACCUUGGUUUCAAGCGCCCUGUUCCGAUGUGGAAUGCCUCCCACCCUCGUUUUCGACCCUACCAUCGCCGCGUUCUUGCUCGUUUCCUUGGAGUUUCCAUCGCCGCUACUUUGGUUUACACUUGGUAUCAAUCAUCAUACAUCAAGAAAGCAGUCGACGCAGCACACACAGCAAAGACGCACUUGGAUCAAACUCUUAGAAGUCUUCCUGAUCACCAAACAAAAGCAGUAGAAACUUUUUCGUCGUUGCUUCAAGAAGCAAAGACUUCCCUUGCUGUUCUCCCCAAUGCCGACGUCGUCGUCGACAGAGUGUUCAGCUCAGUAAAGGAUGUAGUCGACUCCCAUGCCGAAGAAGCAAAUAUUAUUGCGGCUCAAGCAUCUCAAGAAAUUCAGGAUAUCGUGCAACGCGGCGACAAGGGAUCCGUCGCUGGGACGUUAAAAAUUCUGGGAGUGCUGAAACGUUGCGCGGGACAAUUGCUGGCCCUUAAAGCUCAAUCACGAUCUGCAGAGAACUUACCGAAAUUAGACGAAAAAAAAGAUGACAUAGUGAUCCCAACAAGGCAACAUCAAAAGGUUGAGGAGGUAUGGCAAGAGGUGCAAAGCAUCACAGGGAACCUUCCUCCCGGCUCCAAGGACAGCACGAGUUCAGACGAUACUCCUUCGCCCUCUGUUAAAACGGGAACUGAGGACGAUGAUUCCCCAUCCCAGCCAUCCCAGCUAUCACGGUUUCCGGCAACGUGCCCUUCUCAGAAUUUUCUGAAGUCUUGCUGAAAGAAGAAGAAAAGUGACCCUCACAUUGGAGACCCAGAAUACCCUUGAAGAAUACUGAGUGAAAGUGGCUACAACUCCCCAUCCUUAGUAGAAUUAAUAAUGUUUCAAGUUUCAAGGUCAUGUAGCUCGACACAAUGACCAAGCUGCCAGAUUGACGUACUAGAUAGGGUUGUAAACCAGCUUCUUGAUUCAAGUUGCACAUACCACAGGAGGCUGGUUCCCUUUACCUGAAUUCACCUGUUCUGUUCAAUGUUCAAAAUGGAAUAACUUUUGUUGCAUGCUUUC